AUGCCAAUAUUAAAAUGUAAAAAUAUAUAUAUAAAACUUAUUGAAUUAUUAAAAAAAAAUUUUGGUGAAGAAUUAGAAGUUCAAUUGGUUGAUUAUAAUUCAAAAAUACCAUUCUUAAAACAAAUUGAAAUUUCUCAUAAUACAGAUAUAUUUAUUGGUAUUCAUGGAUCAGGUUUAACACAUUUAUUAUUUUUACCAGAUUGGGCAGCUAUCUUUGAAAUUUAUAAUUGUGAUGAUCCCAAUUGUUAUUCAGAUUUGGCAAGACUAAGAGGAGUAAAAUAUUUUACCUGGCCAAGGCAUUUAAUUGAAAAAGGUAUAAAACCAUUACUUCCUCCAAGAAAUCAACCUAAAGACAUACCACAUAAAAAAUUUUUAAAUUAUAAUAUUGAUGAGGAAUUAUUUAAGAAUGAAUUUAUAAAAAUUAAAGAAUAUGUUAGAAGGCAUCCCUUGUAUGUGGAGGAACAACGCAAAAUAAGAAGAAGUAAUGUUUUAAAUAAAAAAAAAGAACUGUAA